AUGACCAAGAAGAAGCGCCACCACCCAGACGUCGAAGAGGUCCUUGCGAGACCGUGGUGCUACUAUUGCGAACGCGACUUUGAUGAUCUGAAGAUCUUGAUCAACCACCAGAAAGCCAAGCACUUCAAGUGCGAGAGAUGUGGGCGACGGCUGAAUACAGCAGGAGGUCUCAGCGUUCACAUGAGCCAAGUGCACAAGGAGAACCUCACUGCGGUCGACAAUGCCCUUCCUAACCGCGCCGGCUUGGAUAUUGAAAUUUUUGGCAUGGAGGGAAUUCCAGAAGACAUUGUUCAGCAACACACUCAGCGAGUCCUGACAAAUUUUCACCAAGCACAAGCCGACCGGCAAGGUGGCGGUGGAGCUACCGGACAGGGAGGCCAGAAUCCCAAUGCUCCCAAGAAGCCCAAGAUCGAGUCGGUGUCGGAUAUCAAGAAGCGGCUCGCCGAACAUAAAGCUGCUAAGCUUGCUGCGGAAAAGGACAAUGGUGGAAGCAGCGCAGGUUCAACCCCAGCUGCUGCACCUCCUGCUGUCCAAGUCCAGCAACAAAGUCAAGCUCCUGCGGCCGCCUCCCCUGUCUACCCUGGCUAUCAGCAGCCAUAUGCAACGCCUCUUACAAAUGGUUCGUACAACCAAGCUCCUCCUUUCGCCCAGCCACCAGCUGUUACUGCUUCUUACCAAGCACCUACGUAUGCCACUGCUGGCUCUCCGCCUCUCGUCGGAGGUUAUGGCCAAGCCGUGUCUCCUCAGCCUGGACAGCCAGGCUAUGGUCAAGUUCCUCCGGUACCGUAUCCGCCACAGCCAUUUGCUCAACCACCACAGUCAUCCUUCCCGCCACCACAACAACCACCGCCGGCGGGGUAUCCUGCUCAGUCGCCCUUCUCGCCGCCACCAUAUCAGUUCCCUGGUCAGCCAUUCCCAGGGCAAGCUGGAGGGCCCCGUGCUUUUGGCGCAGGCUCACCGGCUCCCGGAUUUGCUCAAGCACCUCCAGGUCAUCUACCCCAGCGAGCUAUUUCUCCUGCUACCAACCCCAACUUUCCUGCACCGGUACGUACAGGCAGUGUAAGUCUACCAAGUGCUCCAGGGUUGCCACAGAGGCCAGCGUUUGGUGCUCCACCUGUCAGUGCUUCUCAAUUUCACCAGAUGCAUCAAGGUCAGAUUCCUCUCCCACAAGCUCCUCAUGUUGUUCCACAGUAUCCUCCACAACAAGCACCUGGUGGGGUUCCACAUCCACCUCCACAGUCCCAGAUUCCGGCGCCCUUCAAUGGGGAUGAGUCUUUAGACGACCUGAUCAAGGGUGCACGAGAUCAAGCCGAUGCCAAAGCGGCGUCAGUACCAGCCGCCGCAGUUCCGGCAGAGUCUGCAACUGCAACUACGAGUUCUGCCUCAGAAGCCCUUCAGGCACCAUCCACCGUUCCUACUGCUGCUGCGGCAGCGGCUACCCCAGUCAAAGAAGAAGCCAACGAAGAAAAGACGGCGAAGAAGGACAAAGAAAAGGAGAAACCAAAGUCAACCAGGUUGGUGUACUCUGACAAUGAUACAAGCCCCGAAGAGAAGAUGGCAAUGCUGGCCAAGUACGCGUUUACUCCUGCACAGAAGACUAUCAUGGUAUAG